ACCACAAAUGUCCAUCACAGAUUCAACAUCACAAAUAUUCAGCAUAGGUUCACCAUGAAUCCUAUAUUUAACGCUUACAAUUAUAGUUCAUCACAAAGAAAAGGAAUAGAAUAAAAAUCAUAGAAGCAUAAAAGGCUCCAAACAUCUUCUUCAACUCAACUAUGUUGUCCUUUAUCUUCUUCAACUCGACCAUGUUGUCAUUCAUCUUCUUCAGUUCGGCAGCAAAUUUGUCCCAGUUUGUAGUCACAUCUGCUCUAUUUGCUACUGCUCGUUCAUCCCAGAUAUUAGACGCCAUCAUCUCCCCAGAGCCACCCACCACCCCUGCCCCUUCAAGCAUCUUGACAUAAUCGUCCAUCCACAUGAAAAAAAUACAUAUUUUAACAACCUUAUUAUCUCGAUAUGGCUUGCUUUCACACUUCACGAACUCUCGACCAAAGUUGCCGUUCUCCCACCUUUUCGAUCUUAGUCUCACGAGCAACUCUGACCUUUCGCAUUUGGGGCAGCGGAUCAGCGACACCAGACCAUAACUGGGCCAUCCUUGUCCUCCAUUGGAGGAGCCGCUUGCCCGCGACAUGCGUGAAUCCAUGGUCGUGGGUGGAGUUGGUGCUCGUGCUCCCCAAAUCUCGUUCGUCUCCGAAGGGGCGAGUAGCGUGCCGCGGCUUGACUACUCGUCAAGACCUUCACACUGCACAGGUCCGAUGUGCUGCCAGCUGUCGGGCGGACGGGGCUGGGCGUAGAGAGCAGGGAGCAGGGAGGAGGACGCCGGAGCCUGGGAAGAUGACGCGUAGGGUGCAGGGAGACGGGGUGUGGAGCAGGGCGGCGCAGGCGCAGAGGAGGCCCACGGCGAAGAAGCCCUCCAGGCCUGCUGCGGCGCUCCUCCACGGUGAAGACGCUCCUCCAGGGCUGCUGCGGUGUCGGAGAAGAAGCCCGUCCGGAGAGGCUACCGCUCCGUGGAUCCGUGGGGGAGCAGGGAUGCGGCCUACAGGAGCGUCCUUCUCGGCGAUUCGGGGAGGAAGAUGGGGCUGGCAGAUUUGGAUCGGGAGAAUGGCGAUUUGGAUCGGGAGAAGAUGAGGCUGGCCGAUUUGGAUCGGGAGACGCGCCGAGCAGUAUCGACGUGGGGAGGAGGCGCGCCGAGCCCCGAGCAGACGACGGUGGGGAGGAGGCGAGCUUAGCGGGGGCGUCGGGAGCGCGUCGGUGGGGAACAAG